AUGGCUGAAAUCCUUUCAACGGUGAUUCUAAUCGAAGUCGCCAUCGUUUCAUCGUGCGGAAAAGAAAUAAUUGUGAUACAAAGAGAGACAAUUGUACACCACAAAGCACGGAUGAAUGAUAUGAGCGCUUCAACAGAGAAAUCGGAGCGAGAUCGAGAGAGCUCGCCAGAGAGUGAUACGGUGGACAUCGAGUUGAUGGAGAAUCUUCAAUGCAAAUGGGGAGCGUGUGUUCAAAGUGUGUUCAAAACAGAAGAGAUGCUAAUAGCGCAUGUUAAAAAAGUUCAUGUUGGCCCGUUGGUUAAAUCUAAACCGGCUAGUUACAAUUGUGAGUGGAGGAAUUGUCUUGGAAAGCUGCGGUCCUUCCGAGUUCCCUACAAGUUGAGUAGCGCCGUGGGGCUCAACUCGCACUUAAACUUUCACGCCGGCAAAAACCCAUAUAAGUGUAAAGAAUGUGAUCAGUGGUUCAGGAGUACUAAUAAUCGAGCUAAACACGUGAAGGGAAAACACAGAAAGGCGGGGCGCUUGUGCGGAUAUCAAGGAUGCAAGGAGACUUAUGCCGAUACGUCAGCUGUUCGGAAACACGUAAAACAGGUGCAUGGUGCUAAGGCGUGGGAAACGCGGAAAUUAAAGAAAGAGUUAAAGGAGACUGGUGGACGAUGGCAGAAAAAGAUCGAGAACAAGAAGAAGGAUUGUGGCUCAGAAGAUCGAGAAAGCAGCCACGGCCCUGACUCUGGAGGACAUUUACCGGAAAAUCCGGGCCGGGUGGAGACGGUUGGAAUGUACGAUCCAAACCAUGAGCCUAAUCGAGAAGGGGAGACGAAUGUGGCAAAUGGAAAUGAGAGGCCGAUCAAUGGGCCUGGGUUCACCGGAUAUCUCACUGCUGAUGUCGUAAACGAAGAAACCGUAGAACUAGGCGCGAUUGAGAUGGGACUCUCUGAAGCGAGACGUGAAGAUAUCUACAGAAAUGCAAACUUUGUGCCGUUUCAUGAACAAACUGGUCACAUACCAGACCCAUUAUGGGGAGCGAUUCUGCCCCACGACGAACGUUUUAUGCGCCUUGCCAUGGCCUGCCAGGAAGCCAAAUACCGGCACACUCGAGCUCACAAGAAGUUCAUCCUCAAG